UGUCCCCUUGAACCCCUAAGCGCCCCCCAUGUACCCUAAGUACCCCUUUGAGCCCCCAGCUGCCCCCACAGCCCCUAAUUGCCCUGGAACUCCUAAUCCCCCCCCCGGACCCCCAGCUGUCCCACAAUGGGGGGCAAUGCCGAGAGACCCCAACACGGCCGAGGGGCAAAGGGACACGGAUUUGCCGGGUUUCACCCAAAUCUCAUCCCUGGGUGUCACUGGCCGUGGAACCCCCACAGCUGCUGCUGGGCUGUGGUGGCAAUUCAGGGUGCAAGUCUGGGUUCUUCCCCUGGCCAGUUUUGGGGAAGUCUGGGGUGUUUUGGUCACAUUUUUGGAGGGUUCCAUGCGAGGAGGGAUGGGAGCAGAGCUGUGCCAUGGCAGGGCAGGGAUGAUGUGUGCUCCUCGUUCUUCUCCCCAGGGCAGAGUCCGAGCGCCAUGGAGGACCUGCUGGAUGUGGAGAACAAGCGGAUGGCCGACAGCCUGGCCAGCAAGGUCACCAGGCUGAAGUCGCUGGCUCUGGAUAUUGACAAGGAUGCUGAGGAGCAGAACCGCUACCUGGAUGGCAUGGACUCGGAUUUCCUGAGCGUGACGGGGCUGCUGACGGGCAGCGUGAAGCGCUUCUCCGGCAUGGCGCGCUCCGGCCGGGACAACCGCCGGCUGCUCCUCGCCGUGUCCGUGGCGCUCAUCCUCAUCUUCUUCAUCCUCUACUACCUGGUGUCCCGGGCGGGGAGCUGAGCCCGGGCUGGGAGGUGUCACAGGGCCCCGAGCAGGGCAGGUGUCACAGGCCAGCCCCACCAUCCACAGGCCUGUCCACGCGUUUUCCAGAGGAGCCUCCAG